AUGGAUUCGCGUUCCAACAAGUCUAUUGUCAACGGAGACGAUUCACCUUCGAGUCGUUCAAACACAGACGCCGGGGAGGUGUUGCGUCUUCAGAAAGAACGACUUCGCCUUUUUACACGAGACAACGAAUGCCCCAACCCGAUGCUGCUUCACACGGUGGGGUUUUCUAAGAAACUCAUCGAAACCCAUCACAAAGUUAAGCAUGAUAAGGUCAUAGAUGCCAUCUCUAAGAUUGAGAAAUGA